UCUAGUCGAUUAGCGCAAGUUGUAGUGUGGAUAGUUGCUCCUAUGUCAGUGGGCUACGUUUUAAUGAAGAUAACUGAACCGAAACCCUCGAAAAUUAAGGCAAUAACAGAAACGACGUCUCUGGAACAUCUCAGUGAGGCAGAACGACAAAAGCAUUUAAUUGUGCUGCGAUUGCGACAGGCAGCGGGCAUCGAUAAAACGGACAAGUAAGAAAAAUGGAGAAAAUUGAAGCACGAUUGGAACAGCGAGACAAAGACCGCAAAGCAAAAUUAGAAGAAAAACAGGAAAUCCGGAAUCGUGAUGCGUCCAAAAGUGAAGGAAUUGAGUAUUUCGAAGUGACCUUCAACGAAAAAGUUCGCGAAAUUCAAAAUAAUCUAAAUAAUCUGGAACAAGGUGACACAAAUCUCCCCUCAACUUUCACCAAAAUCGGUACGAGUCUUCAAGAAUUGCAACGUUACUUGAGUUCAUCGACUUUUUUCCUCAACGAUCGCAAAGUUCAAAAGUGUCAGGAGACGCUAAAAGGUCUCACAGCUCUCCUAGAAGAAAGAAAGUCCAAAUUGAUCCCUAAAAAGAAGUUUGGAUUCCGUAAUAAAACUCUUGUGGUAGCAAAAGACGCACAAAUAACAUCUGCUGACGAUACCGACGCCUCGGCAACUACCAAAAAACUCUUCGACUAUUCCGUGCACGACAAAUCCAACGAAAUAAUUUCGUUCAAAGGCUCCGAUGCGAAUGAAAAAGACCUAACAGUUGCUAAUUUGGAUGCUUGCCUCCUCGACAUCGAAGGACAUCCGGGUUCACUUCACUUGAAAAACAUCCAAAAUUGUUUGAUCAUCUCGGGACCCGUUUCACGUUCAAUUUUUGUGGAAAAUUGUAAAAACACGACAUUUCAAAUCGCGUGUCAGCAACUAAGACUUCAUAGUUCCCGCGAAUGUGACAUUUAUUUGCACGUGACGUCGCGCGGAAUAAUCGAAGAUUCGUCAGAAAUUCGUGUCGCACCGUAUUCCUUGAAUUACGACGGAAUUUCGCAGGAUUGGAUCGAAAGUAAGUUGCCGCAUGAUCGAAACAACUGGAAUGACAUUGCUGAUUUUAAUUGGUUGUCAGCCGAACAAAAAUCCCCGAAUUGGAAUGUGAUUGAAGAAGCAAAACGUGUCGUCGAUUGGGACUCCUAUGUGACAGAAUGGAAGGAAAAACACAUGAAAAGUUGAAAUUCGUUGAAAAUUGUGCCGUAAAUCGCUUUUGUACUAAAACUCACUAAAUAAUCAGCUUUUAAGUUAAUGCAAUCCACUAAAAUAUACUUCAGUAAGACAGAGUUUCUAGCAA